CGCACGAAAAAGGAAACACAACCAAACGAAGAAGCAUUCAAGCCGCUUUCUCUUCUUCCCUCUCUCCUCUGAGCUGCUGCUAUAAACCCCAUAUUCCUCAAAAUCUCCGUAUUUCCUCCUUUUCUCACCCUCUUCGCUGCUUUCUCCACUGAACUACUCAACUGGGUAUCUCCAAAUACCCUCCAAAUCAAAUGGGUUCUCGUUGAAAUCGACCCACGACCAGUCCUCCAGUCCGUACCCCCGGUUUGUUCUGUUCUUGUUACUAUGGCUGUUAAAAUGGGGCCGUUUUCUUGCGUUGCAACCUCUCUUUCUUCUCCUUUCCAGUACAGGAGAAUUUCGAAGAUCAGUAUAGCAGGAGGAUUGCUUCGCAGGGAACAGUUUGGUGCAGAGCAGCUAAGAAAUCCUAAAGUAGUGAAGAUCGGCCAGUUCAAACAUGGAAUACUGAAGGUAAACGACAGGGUUUCUAAGAGGCGAUGUAUUGACUUUUCUACCUCUGAAGAAUGGUUUCCAUCCUCGGAGCUUGAUCCAGAUGUCUAUGACCAGGAAAAUGAUGAUUCUGUUGCUGAAAGUAUAUCUGAAUAUAUGUCUUCCGAUGUGAGUUCACCGGUUCGUUAUGGGACAGCUGGAGGAAGGCCAGGUUUGCUAACAUUUUAUAGCCGGCCUAAUCAAAGAGAAGAGGAAGUUCAUAUAUCCAGCCCUAGGAGGAAUCAGAAUGGCCUGCUAUGGUUUGUUGGUCCAACUGUCCUUGUUGCCUCUUUUGUUUUCCCCUCGCUUUAUUUGCGGAGGAUUCUGUCUGCUGUAUUUGAGGAUUCUCUGCUAACAGAUUUUCUUAUCUUGUUCUUUACGGAGGCUCUUUUUUACUGUGGGGUUGCGGCAUUUCUUCUGCUAGUUGACCAUUUACGAAGGCCUGUUGUGCCGGUUUCCGCUACAUAUAACAGAAACCUGAACCCUCAGUUGGGGCACCAAAUCUCUUCUGUUGCGGUUUUAGUACUUAGUAUCAUAGUUCCAAUGGUUACAAUGGGCUUUGUGUGGCCUUGGACUGGUCCUGCUGCUUCGGCUACUCUUGCCCCAUACCUUGUUGGUAUAGUUGUGCAGUUUGCAUUUGAGCAGUAUGCAAGAUAUAUAAAGUCACCUUCAUGGCCAGUCAUUCCCAUUAUUUUUAAAGUUUAUAGAUUGCACCAACUGAACAGAGCAGCACAACUUGUGACAGCUCUGUCAUUCACAGUGAGAGGAGCUGAGAUGACACCGCACAACUUGGCAAUAAACAGUUCAUUGGGCACCCUUCUUAAUGUCCUUCAAUUCCUUGGGGUGAUUUGCAUAUGGUCACUCUCAAGCUUCCUCAUGAGGUUUUUCCCUUCUGCGACAAUACUUGAGCAAUGAGGCACGGAUUUUGAUACAGCAUUGUUCACAUUCUCAUCUCACCUCUUAGAGAUCACCAUGCCUGAUCACUUCUAUCCCCGUUUGAUACCUUUUUGGUUUGCCUGGUUUUCUCUGCUGGGGCCAAAAUUGUGGCGGUCUUGGUAUCUAAGAUUAAUAGAGGGGAAAAAAAGAAUUCAUGAAGCUUAUGUCUUCUAUCGUUUCCCUUUAUUUUUCGCUUCCCCUUUGAAAAUCCCUGUGCAAAUGCAAGAUUCAAACCCAACUGCUAGUGUACAAAGCAUUGACAUAUCAUGAAUGUGUUCCAAGGUCUGGAAAGAUUGUGCGAAUGAAAAUACACACGUCAUAAGCUGUGGAUGUUGAAUCCAUAUGCCAUGUUGCUAGUUCUCUUCUUUUUGCCAGGACCAAAUCUCUAAUUCUCCGGUUCAAAUGUGGAAUCACAGUUUGCCAGUUUAAUUGUCUAUUAUGAUUGUUUUCUGCGUUCAACUGUUCUCACAGGACAUGCUUCCACCCUGUUUUAGAUUAAAUUGCUAUGGAUGAUUUUAUAUGUUUUUCUUGGCUCAGCCAUGUUGGGGUUAAAUUCCUUGUACACCAUACUCUACAUCAAAGGAUUUAUUUUGACGUGAA